CAGCCCGCACCCUCCCCCAGCCUCCCCGCGGCGCGCUCGCGGAGGAUCGGCGCGCGGGCAGGGUCGGCGCAGUCAGCGUUCCUCUCACGCGUAGCGCCUGGGCCCGGGGGAUGCCCCCGGCCGGACUCCCCUCAUGGCCGCGGACGUCUUCAUGUGCUCUCCACGCCGGCCCGGCAGUCGAGGCCGCCCGGUGCUGCUCAAGCCCCAGGUGCCCGAGGACGACGACGACUCGGACACUGAUGAGCCGUCCCCGCCGCCCGCCUCCGGCGCGACCGCGGCGGCCCGGGCCCACGCGAGCGCCGCGCCGCAGCCGCCCUGGGCCGGGGCGGACCACGAGGAGCCUCCGCGCCGACAGCAGAUCAUCCACAGUGGCCACUUCAUGGUGUCGUCGCCUCACCGCGAGCACCCGCCCAAGAAGGGUUAUGAUUUCGACACAGUCAACAAGCAGACGUGCCAGACCUACAGCUUCGGCAAGACCAGCUCCUGCCACCUGUCCAUCGACGCCUCACUUACCAAGCUCUUUGAGUGCAUGACUUUGGCCUACAGUGGGAAGUUAGUGUCUCCAAAGUGGAAAAAUUUCAAGGGCCUGAAGCUCCAGUGGAGAGACAAGAUCCGGCUCAACAAUGCCAUCUGGCGGGCAUGGUAUAUGCAGUAUCUGGAGAAGCGCAAGAAUCCUGUAUGUCAUUUUGUCACUCCCCUGGAUGGCUCUGUUGAUGUGGAUGAGCACCGCCGGCCAGAGGCCAUCACCACAGAAGGGAAAUACUGGAAAAGUCGCAUUGAGAUCGUGAUCAGGGAGUAUCACAAGUGGAGGACUUACUUCAAGAAAAGGCUACAGCAGCACAAGGAUGAGGACCUCUCUAGCCUGGCCCAGGAUGAUGACAUGCUAUAUUGGCACAAGCACAGGGAUGGGUGGAAGACCCCAGUCCCCAUGGAGGAGGACCCCCUGCUGGACACAGACAUGCUUAUGUCAGAAUUUAGCGAUACCCUCUUCUCCACACUCUCUUCACACCAGCCUGUGGCCUGGCCCAACCCACGGGAAAUAGCACAUCUGGGAAAUGCAGACAUGAUUCAACCAGGACUGAUUCCUCUACAGCCCAACCUGGACUUCAUGGACACUUUCGAGCCUUUCCAGGACCUCUUCUCUUCCAGUCGCUCCAUUUUUAACUCCUUGCUGCCGGCACCUGCCUCAGCAUCUGCACCAGAUUCCAAUAGCCCACCUGCACAGGAGAGCAUCCUGCCAACCACCACUCUCCCCACUGGGAGCCUCCCCGACAACCUCAUCGUGCCCCCCACUGCCCCCUCCCUGGACUCCACCAAUGGGCAGGGCUGUGAACGUGUUUCCCGAACUGGGGACCCCUUUAUCCAGUCUGCAGACUUUGGCCCCUCAGAGCCAUCACUGAGCAUCCCACAGCCCUUCCUCCCGGUCUUUACUGUUCCGCUGCUGUCCCCUAGUCCUGCCCCAGCGCCUGUGUCCCCAGCACUGCCAUUGGUUCCUCCUCCUGCCACGGCCCUGAACCCCCCAGCUCCACCUGCCUUCUUACAACCACAGAAAUCUGCUGGAGUCAGCAAGUCACCCUCUGUCAUCACACACACAGCCUCUGCCACCCUCACCCAUGAUGCCUCUGCCACCUUUAGCCAGAGUCAGGGCCUCCUGAUCACAACCCAUCACCCUGCCCCACCCACAGCCCCCUGUAGCCUGGCACUAUCUCCUAUCACCCGGUCUCCAGCUGUUGGGCCUCCCCAGCCUCGGUUAACUUUUGUGCCUCCCAAACCUGUGUCUAUGACUGGAGGGAGGCCCAAGCAGCCCCCUAAAAUAGUGCCUGCUCCCAAACCAGAGCCUGUGUCCCUGGUGUUGAAGAACGCUUGCCUCGCCCCAGCUGCCUUUUCAGGCCAACCACAAGCAGUGAUCAUGACAUCAGGCCCUCUAAAGAGAGAAGGGAUGUUGGCUUCUACUGUGUCCCAGUCCAACGUGGUCAUCGCACCUGCUGCCAUCACCAGGGCUCCUGGAGUGACAGAGUUUCAUAGCAGCAUCCUGGUAACAGACCUCAGCCACAGCACGAGCAGCCAGCCUGGCCCUGUCUCCCGGCUCUUCUCUCCAGGCACAGUGCAAGACUCCCUGGUGAAGGGCGAGCAGGUCUCGCUGCCUGGGGGCAGUCCCCAGGUCCCUGUCACAGGGCCCAGUCGGGAUGGUCCCAACUCAGGGCAGGCCUCUCCAUGUGUGUUGGAACAAAGCCCCAGUCCUCAGUCUCCCCAGAACAACUGCUCAGGGAAAUCUGCAGACCCCAAAAAUAUGGCUGCGUUAAAGAACCGGCAGAUGAAGCACAUUUCAGCUGAGCAGAAAAGGCGCUUCAAUAUCAAGAUGGGCUUCGACACGCUGAACGGUUUGAUCUCCAACAGUUCCAAGCUGACCAGCCAUGCCAUCACACUGCAGAAGACGGUGGAAUACAUCACCAAGCUGCAGCAGGAAAGGAGCCAGAUGCAGGAGGAGGCACGGCGGCUGCGGGACGAGAUUGAGGAGCUCAACGCCACCAUUAUCUCCUGCCAGCAGCUGCUCCCUGCCACAGGAGUCCCCGUCACCCGGCGCCAGAUUGAUCACAUGAGAGGCAUGUUUGAUGAAUAUGUGAAAAGCCGGACCCUGCAGAAUUGGAAGUUCUGGAUUUUCAGCAUUAUCAUUAAGCCGCUGUUCGAAUCAUUCAGGGGGAUGGUGUCUAGCAGCAGCCUGGAGGAGCUACACCAGACGGCACUGUCGUGGCUGGAGCAGCACUGCUCGCUACCUGUCCUCAGGCCAAUGGUGCUGAACACUCUCCGGCAGCUGAGUACCACCACCUCCAUCCUGACAGACCCGUCCCAGCUGCCAGAGCAGGCAUCGGAGGCUGUCACCAGGAUCGGCAAGAGGUCGGGAGAGUCAUAAGCGCUUAGCUGGCAUGUGGCCACAUGAGAUGUCAUGGAGACCAUUCCCACCCGUGAAGAGGAUGCUGCACCCCCAGCCCUCCUGACACUCAGCCUCAGGGCCUCCCUUCACCUCUGCCAGCUUGUGUGCUAGGCAGGAUGCCAUGCUCAGGUCUGAAGCAGGUUCAGGGCCUGCCAACAGCAAUAGUCUGUCUUUGGGAACUCCUUGCUGUGAACUCUCUCUCAGUGUGACCUCAGUCACCAACCUCCCCUGCCCUUGGGCAGCGCAGACAAAAGGGAAAUGCCAGCUGUGCUAGUCCUGUCCUGCUGGUGGCUUGUCAGGGUCCAGUGCCCAUGAGCGGAGUUGAUGGGUUGAAGGAGACAAAGCCUUACAGACUUGUCCCUCUGUCCUGUCUCAUCCUCUGUUCCUCUGCCUGGUGCCCUGUGCAGCUCUCCAGCCUGCCCAGGAGCAGUUGGAAGGUAUCUUUAUUUCUUCCCACCACUCUGGUGGCUCCUGGGCCUUUUGAGUGAUUUGGACUUCUGUUCAGGCAUAACAUGCACUCAGCUAUUGGGGGAAGUGCCUUCAGAGACCCCCCAGAACACAUGCACGGGAUGAGGACAGAAGCCCAUGUGCAUAGCUGCUGCUCCAGCUUAGAAGCCUCCCAGGCUGUGCUUCGUCUCCUGUCGUAGUUCCACUUGGUGUUGCAAGAGCCACAAGGACGUGCCUAGGGCUUUCUUGGGUGUCACCUCGCUGCCAUGGCCCUUCUACUAUUAUUCUCCACUUGCUUCUAGGCUGCAGCUCAGACAAGUCAAGUGUGUGCAGGGGGCAAAUGUAUAACCUUGCAGUUCUAGGUUCAAAGGUCAGACUCCAUGUUCCGGUCUCCUAGCCUCCUCAUUUUGUCACUGGGACACUUCUCAGACCAAAGAUACCACCACAUUCAAAGUCUGUCCGUCUUGUGUUUGGAGGAAGAAACUGAAUGUUGACAGGCAGAACUCAGGGUCAGCCUGGCCAUCCUGAGGAGCAGCAGGAGGGCCGACUGCACGGUGCUUGCCCUCAUCUCUGGCUGCCUCUGCAUGCUGCUGCAGGGGACAGGGGCUCUCUCCAACAUUCAGGAAGCCCAGCCAAGGGUACCUCCUUAUGGAAGAACGCGUGGUAAAGGCCUGCUCUGAAGUUUGGAGCAGCCAGCGGGCUCUCCACUUGACCUCUGUCCUCCCUGCCUCUUCUCCCACAAUCCCCCCCUGUGGGGCCUGGGGAGGGCUUUGAAGUAAGCCUAGUCACCAUGGGGUGGGGUCUUAGAGGGGUAGCCAGGUCUGACUCAGCCCCAGUUCAUGGAACACAGAUGUGGCUCUCCCUGCCACUGGCUGUGCCACUGCUUCUGCUGUAGGUCACUGACCAACCACCUGCUCUCUUACCUGUGCUUCAGCCCCAUACUAGAGCAGCUUGGUGGCACCCUUAGCCACCCAGGAAAUGUUUACAGGCCUUCCAGACCCCAAGACAAGGCUGGGCUGGUCCUUGGAAUUUCCACUGGGAAAUGGUGAUAGUAUCCAUCCAUUACCCCCAGGAUAAAUAUGAAGUCACGUGUGUAAAGGCAAAGGCCACUGUGGUAAGAAUUCCACUAAGGUCAGAAGGAAAAAAAACUGAAAGUUUUAGCUGUGAGGAUCUCAUGAAGGGUUAUGAGCCCAGCCCUGCCUGACUCCUGUGCCUUUGUAAAACAAAACAUGCACGUGACCUUGGUGGUAGGCCAAGUGAGCCAAGAUCUCUCUUAAAUCAAUAGCUUUCUUCUCACCCCCUGCUGGGAGUAAAAAUUUUUUUUUUCUUUUUGAGACAGUUUCACUAUGUCACCUUUGGUAGAGUGCUGUGGGGUCCCAGCUUAUAGCAACCUCAAACUCUAGGGCUUAAGCGAUUCUCUUGUCUCAGCCUCCCAAGUAGCUGGGACUGCAGGCUCCCACCACAACACCCAGCUAGUUUGUUGUUGUUGCAGGUGUCGUCGUUGAUUUUAGCUGGCCUGGGCUGGGUUCGAACCCACCAGCCUCUGUGUAUGUGGCUACAGGCGCUGCCUCCCUAACUCCAUGGGCUGUAAAAUUGGGCCAUUGCUUCUUUGGCCUACCUCUCCCUUUUGCUGAAUUAAUGUUCAUGAUUCUGUUUUGUCAUGUAUUUAAGGCCAUUAGGUUGUGUGAGAUCUGAAGUGUGUUUGUGUGUGUGUGUCCCAGCAGACUCUUAAGAACAUGCAUAUCUUUGAUUCAAGAUAUUUCUAUAAAUUUCUCUUGGUGCUCACAAUUAUCAUGGCUACAGGGCCACAAUGCCAUAUCUCUGCUCCAGACAUAAUUUUUUUUUGGUCCCAGGAGUUUUCUUGUUUUGGAAUCUUGCCUGGUAAUCUGGCCAGAUAGAGGGGCCUGGCCUUGACCUCUGCACUGGACUCCUGUGCUGGGAGAAGGACAGCUGUGGCCACUCUGCUGGUUGCCUCCAGUGGGCACUGACUGUGGGGCUGGGCUUUGUUUACAUUCUUUUGCACCCCUUUUCUGUCCCCCCUCCCACAAAAGAAACUUCAAAAUGCUGGCACUUUGGAGAAUAAGAAAAUCAGUCCAAAAAGAUAAAGCAAGGCCCUUGGCACAUAAACCCUGCCCGUGUUUUUUGGUGAAGGCCCUGUGUGCUGGCAGCUCCCUGCACCCUCUGCUGUGCUUUCAUGAGUGGGAGAUACGGGGCAGCUGGGUACCCCCAGGGGCUUUCUGAGGUGAUCAGCAGCUUAUACAUGUAUGAUGGCCCCUUCAGGGGGCCACCUUCCAGUGGGAAGCACUAGGUCUUGAAGGGAAGGGACUGGAAGACAACGGUUCCCAGCACUGCCUGUGUCCCUAGAGCCAUUGCAAGUGGGGGUCAGUGGUCAGUCAGACCCCAUGUUCUCAAAUUUUCUGCCCUUGGGACCUGCUGCCACCCCCUUUUCUAGAAGUCAGUCCUGAAGAUUUCUCUGCUGUGGCUGGGAGAUGAAAACUUGAGUUCUUAGGAGGACAUAGCACCCAAAACCUCAGGGUGGUGCCAAACCCUUAGUUCCUCCCUAGGUGAAGUGGCACAUGGCAUCUCUGUCCCUGUCAUCACCAGGGAGGGCUUGCUUCACCCAUUAUGUGUCCUUACCCUGGAUGGCUCCAUGCCAGCAGCCUGGGGUCAGGCUAAGGUCAUCUGCACAGAGAGAGGGCUGCUGUGUAUGGCUGCCAAGACCCCUUCCUAUAAGGCCCUUGCUGGCCUCCUGGAUGUGGCCUGAGGUGGCAGGGAUGUUGUUUUGAAGAUGGCAUGUUUUUGUUGCCUGCUGGAUAAGACCUUUUGCUCUCAGAAGAAGUUAUGGGAGCAGAGCUGUUUCUUUUUUUUUUUUUUUUUAAU